GUGAGCAGUGGUCUGGAUGACCUGGAUCUCCUGGGGAAGACACUCCUGCAGUAGUCACUGCCCCCAGAGCCCCAGCAAGUGUGGUGGGAGAAGUAGCAGCCAGCACCCCUGGCUCACACUUCAGGACCUGCAGAAUAAAAACAACUGCAGCUCGCCUAGCUCCGGCACCCCCGGCCUCUUCCACGCUGCCUCCCCUGAGCCCCCUGGGCCUCUGCAGCAGCCCACGAUGACUGAGCUCUCGCUGGCCAGCAUCACUGUGCCCCUGGAGUCCAUCAAACCCAGCAGCAUCUUGCCACUGACGGUGUAUGACCAGCAUGGCUUCCAGGUCCUCUUCCACUUUGCCCAAGACUGGCUGCCUGGGCACUUAGACGUGCUGGUGUUGGUGGUUUCCAUGCUGAGCACUACGCCCCAGCCCAUCUGCAACAUCGUUUUCCAGUCAGCUGUCCCCAAAGUGAAAGUGAAGCUGCAGCCCCCCUCAGUCACAGAAGUGCUGGCGUUUAACCCCAUUGUCCACCCCUCAGCCAUCACCGAGGUCCUACUCCAACCUCCAGAAGGAGAAGGUUUUGCUCUGCUACAAGCUUCUCUUCAUCAUGGGCAACCAGACCUACAACAAGAUGUCGGAUGUGGACCAGAUCCCCUCACCCGAGACCUGGGGGAGCCUCUAGAACAGAGAGCUGGAGGGGAGAGAAAGGGGCAGCAGGACUGGGCACCAUCUAGCCUGGGUGGGAGGCUGUGGUGUCCUAGGAUACCCUUUGUUCCCAUGGCGAGAUCCCCUGGGCCUCUCCCCUGGAGAGGAUGAGGGCUUCUCCCCUCAUCCCUGUGGCCCCCCUUCUUCCUUGUCCCCCUCCCCUGCGGAGCUGAACCCAGCAGGAGGCUGGGCCUGAGUUUGCACUGCUGGGGACCUUCACCACAGUGGGGAGCCUGGAGCAGGGAGCAGCUGCAAGGUCCUAGAAGGACCUGGGGUCAUGGCCGGAAGCGUGGCUGUCAGGCGGGGGCCAGGACCUCAGGCCCAGCCCUGACCCAGCCUGAGAUGGGGUCAUCCCCACUUGUCUCAUGCCUUAUGGGAAGGCCCAGCCAUAACUUGGGGGGCCAUGCUGGUGCGGGAACCAGCUCAGGCCUUCUCCAUAGGAACUGGAUGACUGGGGGGAGGGUGAAGCCUGCUCCCCCAGCUCUUUGCACUCUGUGGUGUGAGGUUUGACUCUUUGCUUUUCUUUCUCAUUGGCCCUGUGGUCACCAUCUCAGGAGGCCCAGCUGGGGGAGCCCCCCACGGUCCCCACUCCUCAUAGGGGUUUCACUCCACCCACAUGCCCCCUUUGCCGUCAGGCCUCCUGAGGGGCUAUGGAGGCUGUGGCUGCUGGCCCAGAGGUUGUGGCAGAGCCAGGUGCCACAGCUGGGGCCUCCAGGGCUCCUGGCCAAGGGAGGCCCUGCCCUGGAGUUCCUCAGUGCAUCUCCUUCAGUUGCCAGCCUCUGCUGGGGCCUCCCGUGGGCGCCUCCCCUCUGCCCAUCCAUCUGUCCACGUCCGAGUGGGGUCGGUGUGUGAGUGAGAACAGAAGUAUUUAUGGACAUAAAAAUGUCCUUUUUUCCUGGAAAAAAAAAAAGAAAGUUAAUCCAUAAAAUGAGCUUAGAAAAGUGCAUGGCACAUGGAUCCCAUCAUAUAGCAUUAGCUGUUAUCUUUGUGCCAAUGGCCUACUUGACUCCUCGCUACAAUUAUGAGGAAGCUUCUAUCACAAUCUCCGCUUUACAGCUGGCAAGAUGAGGCCUAGAGAGUUUAAAGGUCUUGCCUGUGGUCCUACAAAGUCCUGUGUUGUAGCAGCUCUUCCCCUCGGACCCACAACUAACCCUCGGGCCCUGUGAGUCUCAAAUCUUCAUGAGGCCCCACAGUCUGCAGGGCUCCAAGCCUCCAUCCAUCUACUCUUUCAGGAGGCUGUCAGGCACCUUUCUGCAUCUUGUCAAAGCUGGAGGCCAUUGGCUGCUCCGGCAUGCUGGCACUUGAGCCGGGUCCCUGACCUCUCACCAGCUUCUCAGGGACUAAGUCUGUGCGUCUGUUCCCUUCUCUGUUCUUGGUGGAGAAACACUUCUGACCCACAGUUAACUCUGCUGUUGGUAUGGUCAAGACAGUAACCCCAGCUCAUGCCUAGUGGGGGUGGAGGGCCAGGAACUUCAAGUGAAGUGAAGUAUGAGGCAUGGCAAUCAGGGAGGCCCUGUUGCCCAGGGACCAGGUCAGACGGAAUUGUGGGCCUGGGCCUGGUGACCCUGAGAUAGAGGACAUUCAGAUCUUGACAAGAAACAGACCAGCAGGGUGGCCUUGGCUAGUCCCUCAACUUCUUUGGACCUGUUUUUCUCAUCUGUACAAUGGGAGGAAAGUCCAGUUCCCAGGAAUGUGGUGAGAUAAAAUAACACAUAGUAUGCAAGAAUAAUAUGCAUUUAGAUGACUAUAAGUAAUAACAUGGAAUUGCCAAAUUGAUUUAGACAGGAAUUCCGGGCAAUAUAGACUUGUCUCUUUUUAGGUUUUGAUCCCUUUUAAAAAUGUCAUUCUUUGCCUUCCCUUAGUAAAGCUGUUCUUGUUUUUUGUUUUGUUUUGUUUUAGCAGCUCUUUCGUGUUUUGACUGAGCUACAGAGAUUAAGGGAACUAUAUUCGGGCCACGAACUGGUCAUUGUGAUGAGGGGCUGCCAAGGACCCAGGCAGAUAUGGGGAGCAUUCCUCUUAGCUGGGCCCUAGAGUAGGAAACAGGAAAGACUGAUGAGGUGACUCUGCUGGGGCAAAAUAUGGAGCAAGGGCCAGUUUGUCUAGUUUCUCUGUGUCUCAGGGUGGAGGACACAGUGAGUCAACUCCCUCAUUCCCCACUUCCUCCCCCAUCCCUUCCCUCCCCCUCCUCCCCUCCUCCAGAGAGCCUCCCUGCAUUGUAGAGGCAGGAAGGCUGAAAUUCCAUUUUCCAGGACCCCUUAU